ACUAUGAUAGUAAACAAAGUAAGAAUUUCAUUUCUCUAAAAAUUGACUAAAUGCAAUUUGUGCCAUACUUAAAACACCACAAUAAUAUACUUUAUACUUGGUAGAUUUUUAGCAAAAUUUUGAAUUUUCUUUAAGUUAGUAAAAAAAUUCAAGAAUUGAGCUAUGGAGAAAUCACCAGAGGAAGCACACCCUGUUGAGGCUUUUGGUUGGGCUGCUAGAGACACUUCUGGAUUCCUCUCCCCAUUCAAAUUCUUUAGAAGGGCAGCGGGCGAUAAGGAUGUUAAAUUGAAGGUUCUUUAUUGUGGUAUCUGUCAUUCUGAUAUUCAUCAAUUGAAGAAUGAAUGGGGAUCUUCUCUAUACCCUCUAGUCCCCGGACAUGAAAUCGUGGGCGAAGUAACUGAGGUUGGGAGGAAGGUAGAGAAGUUCACCGUUGGGGAGAAAGUUGCUGUCGGGGGAUAUUGUGGAUCAUGUCGAUCUUGUGAAGACUGCACGAACAAUCUUGAGAAUUAUUGCUCCAAAGGAAUAGCUACCUACAAUGCAAUCUACAAUGACGGAACACCAACGUAUGGAGGCUACUCAGACAUGAUAGUUAUAGAUGAACAUUUUGUGUUUCAUGUACCAGAAAACUUGCCCCUAGCUGCAGCAGCCCCUCUGCUUUGUGCUGGAAUUACAAUGUACAGCCCAUUGAGAUACUUUGGACUAGACAAACCGGGCAUUCAUAUUGGUGUAGUAGGCCUUGGCGGACUUGGUCAUGUUGGUGUCAAGUUUGCCAAGGCCAUGGGGCUAAAGGUGACUGUGAUUAGUACAUCUCGAAGAAAGCAGAACGAAGCUCUUGAAUGUCUCGGUGCUGAUUCGUUUUUGGUUAGCACUGAUCUGGAUCAGCUGCAGGGUGCUAUAGGUACAAUGGAUGGCAUUCUUGAUACAGUCUCUGCUGAUCACCCCAUCGAUCCACUGAUCGGGCUAUUGAAGUCUCACGGGAAGCUUAUCUUUCUUGGUGCACCUGACAAACCCGUCCAGCUACCAGUCUUUCCAUUGCUUAUGGGAAGGAAACUUGUAGCUGGAAGUGGGAUAGGAGGGAUGAAAGAGACACAAGAAAUGCUUGAUUUUGCUGCGGAACACAAUAUAACAGCAGAUGUUGAAGUCAUUCCAAUGGAUUAUGUAAAUACUGCAUUGGAGCGUCUCGCCAGAGGUGACGUUAAAUACCGGUUUGUCAUCGAUGUUGCUAAGACCCUGGUGUAAUCUUACAAGUGGAGUCUGGAGAAGGUGGAGUGUAGCAACCUUACCUAAAAGUUAAAGUUUCAUGUAAUUCUAGUAUUUUGUGAUGUUUUGGGCAUAAAAUGGUGAGAUUAAUUUCUUCUUGUAAUACAUUAGUUAUAAACGGCCCUUGAAGUGUGGCCCCACCAUGUACCAUGCAUGAACACGGAAUGCCUUAUGCAUCGAGAUGUCAUUUCUAUAUAUUAGUUUAGAUAAUAUAUGAUGUAUUA